AUGGAAAGUACAUCAUCAUCAGUUUAUAAUUCAUCAUUACUUGAUAAUUACAUGAAUCCAAGUCAGCAGUCAUUACCCAAGUUACAGGAGCGACAACCUUCGAAUUUAAGAUAUGAAACUAAUGGGAACUUACCCCAAAUCAACAUAAUUAGUGAAAAUACUUCUAAUAUGAACAGGACUCAACCAAUUGAAGGAAAUCAUAAUGGAUUAAGAUUAAACUCAUCUAGAAGCUCGGUCCAUUCGUGUGCUUCUAGCUCGAAUUCAGUAUUUUCUGCAGUUAGUGAUGUUUCUCAAGAUGAUGAAGUUAAUAAAGUAAAUUUAGCAGUGAAUGCAAAUGAACAAAACGGUAAUUUACCAUUAUCACUUUCAGUUCAAUUUGAAAAACAAUAUGAAGAAGAACAAAGAAAAUACGCUUUAAAGCAAAAUAAGUUUAAAACAUUAUUUUCAAACGCUCAUGGUCAUAAAAAUAUUGAAAAUUUUAAUAUUUAUUCUGAUAAUUUAAGUAAUCAAAGAUAUUUUAAUUAUAUUAAUAAUAAAUUGAAUGAAGAUUAUUAUAGCUAUUCAUCUAAGCAAACGUUGAAUUUAAAUUGGUAUGAAAUUUGUGAAAUUUACUUAUACGGAGACUUAUUGAAAAAAAUAUAUCCAUCCAAUGAAUACUUGAUGCAAUAUCUUUUCUAUAAUCAAUUAGAAUCAGGAGAGUUAAUAUUCAAAAACAAUUUGAACCAUGAAGAUAUCAUUAACAUUAAUUAUAGCCAAUCUUUGAAAAAAUUAAUUAAUGAUUUAAAUAACUUUGAUGAAGUCUUGGAUUUAUACUCAGUUAAUCAACAAAAUUUAAAUUCUUCAAAAUUAUUUCAAAUUUUUAAAGAUUUCGCUAAUCAUGAUGGGUUUAGUAUUCCCUUAGCUCAAGCCAUGUUUGGAAAUUGGUUAUUAUCCUAUAACAAAGAUGAUACCAUUGAUAAUAAUUAUGAUAAUGAAUUGAUCUUAACCUAUUUUAGAAAAGCGGCAAGAUUCUCUUUUGCUAUUAAAAAAUUAAAUGAUGAAAAAUAUUUCGAUAAUUUGGUGAAUGAAUUCAAUGAUAAAGAAAAAUCAAUGUUUAAGACUUUCCUAAAUAAAAAUAAUAACUUUGCCUUGGGGAUAAGUUUACAUAAUUUAGGUGAAUAUUAUCAAGUUCAUAAUGAAUAUGACGUUGCAGUUAAUCUCUGGGAAAUUAAUUGCCAUUUAACUAAAGACAAUGAUAGUGGUAACUUGGCCAUAUUGGGUAUGACUGAUGGUUUUGGCUUUGGUAAUAAAUUUAAAACUCUAAAUAAACUAGGCAAAAAAUCAAAAACUAAUAAGUUUAACACUAAACGAAGAAUAGCUCAAUUAUAUAGAGUCUUGAUUAAAGCUGGGGUAAAUCAAGAAGUUGGUACUUCUUGGGUUUUCAAAGAUAAGUAUGAUUAA